AUGCCAUGCGAGCUGUGGCUAGUGAGGCAGGUCAUCAUCAUAACCGGUUGGACGACAUGGGGCAUGGACCCUGGAUCUACACUGCUGCUUGCUGAGCAUGGUGAAGGGGCCGAUGGGCUGUGCCACGCUGAAUGGCGAUUGGGAAAGCACCACACAUGGUAUUCUGACGGCUUCACGUCCUCUAGAUUCUUUGACACUCUCGCUUUUCUGCCCAUGCAUUUAUUCGCUGGAGGAUGGGGGUGGCUCGUCGCCAGCUGCGUCCUUGGCCAGAUAUCAGGCGCGGUACUGCCAACGCCUGUCAUUACACCAGCCCCACAGUUCGCAGAGACUGGAUACCUUCGUUUGCAGGAUAGACAAGUUGAUCCCAUCUCGUUCGCGCAAGUAAUCCUCACAGCAUUGCCACUUUCGCUGCGCUUGAUCGCUGCCACCGAUGUGCCUGCCGUAUCGAGCAUCCUUUGGAGCCAGUUUCUCGACGACAACAAACCAGAUUGGUUUCUAGAUCUGCCUCGGGAUGUACAGAGCUAUCUCAUCAAAGAGUUUGGGCCCGUGAAUGCUUGGCCAACUACUCCACCGCCAGUUGCGUCUACGGCCGGUGCAUCAGCGUCUGUCACUGUAGGACCCUCACCCACUUCCUUGGCCUCUGCACAAUCGUCAUCCAGUGCUGUGGACUCGCCCUUUGCGUCUUAUGUUUCCCAUAGCAUCUCUAUCGCUUCAAGCUCGAGUGCCUCGAGUGAGUCCUCCGUCGGCUCAACUUUGCAGUCGAUUCCAUCGCAACUUCACUCAGUGUCACUGGCAACAGUCCAGACCUGGAGCUCCACAAUAACCCCAAGUGCAACCCAUGGUCUUGAAGCCCCUGCCUUGGUCGAGUCUGGGCUGAGUAGGACACAAAAGAUUGGACUCGGUGUCGGUGUGCCAUUUGCGUUACUCGCUAUUGCUGCACUUGUAUUUGCAUGCUGCCUCUUGUCCCAUCGACGAAAGAGAAGGCAUGUGAACGGCAACGAGCCACCUUCAUCUCCAGGCUUCAUCCCUCGAUUUUCAUUCCAGGACAAGGGACUCAGCUACGAACACCACGAGCAUCAUGCACCUUUGAACCCGGUGUCGAACAACUCGAACGAACAUGUCGGGGACAUGCACUGGGAAGACGAGGAGUACGAACAGAGUGCCAUUGCCGCGUCUCACAGGCGCGACACGUUCACUCCAGCUACAGCCACAGCACAAAUGGUAUUGCAUGAUACUGCUCCUAUCAUGGCACCAGCACUUUUCCAUACACACAGCUCAAACAGAGCACGAGGAAGACGGACAAGCUACACAAGCCUACAGGCAGUUGCUGAAGUGGCUGAGCCCGAGGAUGACAUGCUGGAAUCACCAAUACUAGGACGACGACAGACCAGAACUGGCCUGCGGAGAGCGAGCCUUCCUAGGAUUAUGAACAUGCCGCCAACACCACCAGCUGGUGCAAUCAAACGCAAACCCGUGCCUGCAAGUCCUACCGAGUCUCCAGCUCCAGACAUGGCGUCUCAGUCUUUCCAGCGGCCAGCACUGGCACCUGUCGUGUGCAACAGCGGCAGUAGCUCCAGUGGGCUAGCAAUGAGCAGCAUAAGCAGCAAUUCUGGUCUAAGCUAUGAGAGCGAAUCGCCCAUAUCAGCCAUGAACCCUCAAGCACCACGAAACCCUUUCGCAUGCGGAUACGAGUAUCUCGAAGACUAUGGUCCGGAGUACUCCCAUCACGGGUACGUAGACCAUGAGGAUGGAGCAUACGGUGGCCAUCGCAGUCUGGACAGAUAUCCGGAAGCUUCGCCACGGCGCGGUAGCUUGAAGACUGAGUGGCCGUUAAGAAAUGUGCUGGGCUCGGGAUAUAGGAGGAACAAGUCACCCAUAUGGGAUCGCGUGUAUGAGCCGUGA